AUGAAGUCUGAACCUGGUAUACCUCAGACAAGACAACGGGACCCAGCCCACUACUAUGAAGAAGGCAAUGUCAUUUUUCUGUGUGGCAAGAGUUUAUUUCGACUACACCGUUCACGUCUGGCAAGAAAGUCAGAGUACUUCAAAGACAUGUUCAACGUUGGCAGUGACGUUCGCAUCCUGGAUGGCUAUGACGACGAGCACCCCCUCAAUCUCAAUAAAAGUGGCAUUUCCGAAGAGGACUUUCGCAACUUUUGUACCUUUCUGUAUGACUCUGAUGAGCUUCCCAAAGAUACACCACUGAAGUUCUUCGAGUCCGUUCUUGUACUGUCAGACAUGUGGAUGGUCGACUCGGGCAAACGAUUCGUCUUGACUCACCUGCCAAAGCAUCCUGAAUUCACUCAAGCUAUGAAGAUUCGGCUCUCUCGUCAAUUUAAUAUCCAUGAAUGGCUCGAACCUGCCUUCCGGGCCCUGGUUGCCUGCUCCACCGGCGACAUCUCCCCCGUUGAUGCCGAUAAUAUGGGUGCAGUGACCCUUUAUUCAGUCAUUAAGACAAAGACCGAGGUGUUUGACCACUUGCGUUAUCUCGCAUAUUGGCCGCCACCUGUCCGACAUGGAUGGUCUUGUCUGGACGAGGUCGAAUGCAGCAAGUGGUGGGAUGGAUUUUGGUGGAACGUCUUCGCGCGACAGCUCCUCCACCCAAACAACACCAAGACUGCCAAAGAAAUACUCGAAAAAGCCGAUUGGAACGUGGGUUUUCUCUCUCAGAUGGGCAACGAAUGUCUACGACGAACAUUUGACGACAUUUGGGACGAGAAUCCAUUCGAGAUUGAUGGGCAGCUUGUCGAUGUGGCAUUUAACGACUUCAAGAAAUGGGUAGAGGGAUUGGGUAUUUGA